GAGGCUGCUCCGCGGCAGCGAGCGGGGCCGGAGCCGCAGUCCGAGCGAGCAGAACUGAGCCGAGCCGGCAGGUGCACGGCUGCGGGGACGGCAACAGCAUGACCGGCCACCACGGCUGGGGCUACGGCCACAACGACGGCCCCUCACACUGGCACAAGCUGUAUCCCAUUGCCCGGGGAGACCGCCAGUCACCAAUCAAUAUCGUAUCCAGAAAGGCUGUGUACUCGCCCAGCCUGAGGACAUUGGAUCUUUCCUAUGAGUCCUGCACGUCCCUCAGCAUUGCCAACAAUGGCCACUCUGUCCAAGUGGACUUCAAUGACAGUGAUGACCGAAGUGUGGUGACUGGGGGCCCCCUGGAUGGGCCCUACCGGCUCAGGCAGCUCCAUUUCCACUGGGGCAAGAAGCACAGUGAGGGCUCAGAGCACACGGUGGACGGCAAGUCAUUCCCCAGCGAACUGCACCUGGUUCAUUGGAAUGCCAAGAAGUACAGCACCUUUGGGGAGGCGGCCUCAGCACCCGAUGGCCUGGCUGUGGUUGGUGUCUUCCUGGAGACGGGGGACGAGCACCCCAGCAUGAACCGUCUGACAGAUGCACUCUACAUGGUUCGGUUUAAGGGCACCAAGGCCCAGUUCAGCUGCUUCAACCCCAAGUACCUCCUGCCUGCCAGCCGGCACUACUGGACCUACCCUGGCUCCCUGACAACACCCCCACUGACCGAGAGUGUCACCUGGAUUGUGCUCCGGGAGCCCAUCAGCAUCUCUGAGAGGCAGAUGGAGAAAUUCCGGAGCCUGCUUUUCACCACAGAGGAGGAUGAGAGGAUCCACAUGGUGAACAACUUCCGGCCGCCACAGCCACUGAAGGGCCGUGUGGUCAAGGCCUCCUUCUGGGCCUGAGCUGCCUACCUGCCCAGCCGGCCACUGAAGCACCAUCUUCCCAAGGGCUUCCAUGUCAGCAGACACCAAACCAUCCAAGGCUCCCUGCCUAGGGCUGCUGUGGACCCCACUUCAGCUGGCUUGCUCCUUGGCCACCUGGAGGCUUCUCGAUGGGACCCUCAAGUCGGGGGACACCUUUCAGCUGCCCUGGGGACAGGAAGGACAGGAGCUGAGCAUGGUCCAAGCCUAAGGCUGCCUCUGCUCUCCAACACCCAAAGGCCCCUGGGAACCUCCUCUUGUCUUCCCCGCUGGCAAUGGCAGCAGCCCCACCCUGAGCUCACACUGUGAUGGAUGAGACCAAACUCUCCAGGGCAGGCAGCUGGCAUUGCCAGAAAGACUCAAGCAAUAAUUAGAAGUGGGCAGAGCUGCCCUCUCGGUGUUACCUCUUCUGCAGGCCUCCGCCAUGCACGCACCUCACUGCCAGGCCAUUAAAAUCAGGACCCAGCCUGCUGGAGGUGACAUGACCUUCUCCCUCCAGCCACCUGCCGCCAUAGGCAGGCACUGGCUACAGCUUACGGAGUAUCUCCCUUCGUCCCCACCCAGCCACCAAAGCCACCUACAUGACAGUCCAUCCAUGCACUGAUUAAUAAAUUCAUGCAUUCAUGCAACAAAUACCCGUUGAGUGCCUGUGUUCUGUCAAGUGCUGUUCCAGGCAUCGGGGAGGCCAUGGUGAUGAGUCAAGCACAGGAUGUUGAAAGGGCCGUGGGCACCGAACAGGUGAGGGUGAUACAGAUGGCGGGGCAGGGGCCGUGGGGGCAGAGAAAAGGGGGAGCCUACUUCCCCCACCCUGAGCUCACACUGUGAUGUCCUCAUCUGGUGAAGAAAUUAAAUUCCAACCGGUAUUCCAAGGCAGAGAGAAGGGAACAGCAUGUUUGAGCUCAGGGAAGAGCAGGUGUGCCGGCUCCCAGGUGAGAGCCCAGGGUAUCUGUGGAACAGAGAAGAACGAGUGGGGCUGGAGCCCUGGGGGGAGGGCCUGGGACUCUCUCCCAAGGCUAAUGAGAGUCAGGAAGGAUCUGGAGUAGAGGAGGGGCAGGGGCAGAUGUGCAAAGGCUGGGAGAUCCCUGUAGAGUGUGAGCUGGCAGGUAGGACUGGCAGCAAGAGAAGGUGGUGGCCAGUGGCCAGGAGAAAGAACACAGGGUGGUGGAGGCCGGGAGAAGGGGGCUGGACGAGAGAGACCCAGGAGGUAGAGCCCAAAGAUAGCAUUCGGCUCUCUGCGAGGGUGGAGGGGAGUGCGGGGUGUGUCCCUGGGCGGAGACAGAGGACAGGAAAGCCUGGGCAGCAGCAGACCAGGAUGGACACACAGCUUUCGCGGGGCCCUGAGAGGAGUGCUAGGAAGCUCUGGGGUGGUGGUGUCUGAGCCGAGGAGAGAGGUGGAGGGUAGA